AUGGCGAUCAACCAAGUCUUCGAGUUCCCAAUCGCAAAGCAUGCUGGCCCUUUCACCACCGGGCUGUUCUUAACGGAGGAGGACUUAGUGUCCAGACUCAGGCGUCGCGGCAAAAUUGGCACCACCGUAUUCUUCGCCGUGAUCGAUAAGACGAGACCUGCGUCGGAAGCCAAUCCCGAUGGCAGGGCUGCAGCAUUGUCGGUAGAGGGGAGCUACAUUAUCGUUCUACCUCCCUUCCAGCGCACGCAUGUCGCUACCCAUGCUGUUGGCUUGUUCUUGCACUACGCCCUCGAUACACCCGAUGAAGGUGGCUUAGGGCUGCGUCGCGUACAGUGGCAAGCGGAUCCGUCUAGCACCGCGUCCCUAAAUGCUGCUCAGCGCGUGGGAUUCCGGAAAGAAGGGACGCUGCGAUGGGCGAGUUUCGUUGUUGAUGGCGAUGAGCGCGGUAAAAUGUACAAUAGACGAGGAUGUCCGCCGUAUGGCGACCCCAAAGCUCGUGGGCGGGGUUCUGUGUAUUUUUCCAUGUGUUGGGAUGAUUCCCUUGAGAGAAAACGAGAGCUCGUUGAUGAGCGGAUGGCUAACCUAGCAAUAAUCGCUCGAGAGCCAGACCAGCCUCUGACACUGAAUUGGUCACUCGAGCAGGUUGAGAUUAGUUCACCAAGCGAUGAUGAGGUACUGGUGGAGAUGCAUGCCACGGGCGCCGGUGUUGCUCUAGUCGUGGGCAAAAACGUCCAGUCUGUAGAAGUUGGAGAUCCAGUCCUUCUCUCCUUUUACUCAUGCUCUACUUGCACACAGUGUGAGGCUUCUCAUCCAGCAUACUGUGAUUCCUUUGCUUCCAAGAAUUAUAUCGGCAGCCAGGGAUCUAUGAAGCUCAGCAAAGACAGCACACGAGUCUGGUCCCAAUUUUUCGGUCAAUCCAGCCUUGCGCAGUACAGUACUGUUAACAAAUCCUCCAUUGUGAAUGCUAAGGAUCUCAUUCAAGAUCUCAAUGAGUUAAAGCUGUUUGCUCCUCUUGGCUGUGGAUUUCAGACUGGAAUGGGAGCAAUAAAUAAUAUCGCUCAGGCUGGCCCAAAUGAUUCUGUCAUGAUUUCAGGCUUGGGAGCGGUUGGUAUGGGGGCUCUCAUGACUGCAAAGAUCACAAAAUGCAAAGUAAUUAUUGCUGUCGAUCGAGUCCAAACUCGCCUUGAGCUGGCCAGAAGACUCGGCGCAACUCAUACAAUCAACACCAACGAUGCAGAGAUUUCUAGGUUAGAUGAUGCAGUCCGAGCUAUUGUUCCUAAAGGCGCAUCCGUUGCUAUUGACACCACUGGUGUGCCUUCCAUAAUAGAGCAGAGCGUUCAAUCAACACAUGCUCGUGGAAAAGUAAUCUUCAUUGGUAUACCGCCGAAAAACUACACUUUGAAUAUCAACCUUUCAGAACACAUGAAUAAAGGCAGAGCUAUUCUCGGUUGUAUUGAAGGGGACUGUGAUCCUCGUAUUGCUAUUCCCCAAAUGAUUCAGUGGUACAGGGAAGGAGAAUUCCCGCUUGAUCAAGUUGUUCAGUACUUCGAUGCGACCGAUUAUCCGAAAGCUCUCCACGGCAUGAAUGAUGGGACUGUCAUUAAGCCGAUUUUAAUUUGGAAACGGUAA